AUAGUGCAGUGUAAAACGAACUAAAAACGAAGCUAAGAAAGAGUGAGAGAGACGAGUGAGAAACCACAAAGUAAACAGCAAAAACUAAACAAAGUUCAUACCAUGGCCAUAGAGUUACGCUCUACGAGCACUGUAAGUGAUAGCACAACAACAAAUAAUACCACAACAACAACAACAACAACUGUAACAAACUGCAACAUCAACAACAACAAAAACAACAACAACAUCGACAACUGUCAACGACGCGCCCAACAGCUGUUUAGUUGCGUCUGCGUCAAUUUAAAUCUUCUUCUGCUCACAUUGAUGCUAACGCUGAGCAAAUGCUGCACUGCCACGCCCACAACAUCACCGCUAGCCGCAACGAAUAAUGAGCAAAUGCUGCCACACAUAGAUGGCGCCACUCUGACCAAACAAUUCGAUGGCAAAGGCAUUCUCAACAUGGGCUUCAAGUUCCUCAAUGUAUCCGGCAAGAUCGGCACGCCACUGGACAUAGCUCAAGCUCUGUACACGAAAUGCGAUGAGAAGCAAUUCCAAUGUCGAAAUGGUGAUUGUAUUCCCAUACGCUUCGUUUGCGAUGGCGAUGCUGACUGCAAGGAUCACAGCGAUGAACAGGUCACGAGCUGCAAAUUUCUCGAGGCCACUUGCUCAUCAGACCAUUUCCGCUGCUCAAAUGGCAAUUGCAUACCGAACAAAUGGCGAUGCGAUCAGGAGAACGAUUGUGCCGAUGCCUCCGAUGAAUCAAAGGAAUUGUGCAUGAAUGCCUGUCCCAACAAUGAGUUCAAAUGCAAGACCGUUGACCAGUGCAUACCCCGUAAUUGGCUCUGCGAUGGCAGCAAUGACUGUCGCGAUAAAUCCGAUGAGGCGCAUUGUAAGGCACGCACCUGUUCGCCGGAAGAGUACAGCUGCAAAAGCGGCGAAGGUGAAUGCGUUCCUUUGGCCUGGAUGUGCGAUCAGAGCAAGGAUUGCAGCGAUGGCUCCGAUGAGCAUGCCUGCAACCAAACGUGCCGCUCCGAUGAGUUUACAUGCGGCAACGGGCGUUGCAUACAGAAGCGUUGGGUCUGCGAUCACGACAACGACUGCGGCGAUGGCAGCGAUGAGCUCAACUGUCCCGUUGUUCCCUGCGAUGCCAUCGCGGAGCACACCUGCGCCAAUGGCGCCUGCAUUGCCAAGCGUUGGGUCUGUGACGGUGAUCCGGAUUGCCCAGAUGCCUCCGAUGAACGGGCCUGCACGAAUGUCACCAAGCAAGUAACGCCCUGUCUGCCUCAUGAAUAUCAAUGCAAGGAUCGCAUCACCUGCCUACAUCACAGUUGGCUCUGCGACGGCGAUCGCGAUUGUCCCGAUGGCGAUGAUGAGUUCACCAACUGCAAGAACAUCACCUGCCGACCAGAUCAAUUCCAGUGCCACGAUCGCAGCUGCAUUGCCGGUCAUCUGGCCUGCAAUGGCGAAUCCGACUGCAAGGAUGGCAGCGAUGAACGCGAUUGCCGAUUGGCAGCCGAGUCCAAGAGCUGCAACGCAACCAAUCAAUUCGAUUGCGGUGGUGGUCAGUGUAUUCCCCUGUCCAAGGUCUGUGAUCAGCGCAAGGAUUGCCCCGAUGGCGAGGAUGAGCCGGCGGGCAAGUGCAAAGUCAAUGAAUGCUCUGUCAAAAAUGGCAACUGCAUGCAUCGCUGUGUCGAUCAGCCUGUGGGCUACGUCUGCGACUGUCAUCAGGGCUAUCAACUGUCCUCAGAUGGCCACACGUGUGUGGACAUCAAUGAGUGCGAAGAGCCCGGCAUCUGUUCCCAGCUGUGCGUCAACGAGAUUGGCGGCUUCAAGUGCGAGUGCCAAACAGGUUACAUGCGGGAUCCGCGUAAUCACACGCGUUGCAAGGCCACAGAAGGUCACGCUUCACUGUUGCUGGCGCGUCGUCAUGAUAUUCGGAAGAUAGCUUUAGAUCACAUGGAGAUGACUUCGAUUGUAAAUAGCACCAAGUCAGCCACAGCUUUAGAUUUUGUCUUUCGCACUGGCAUGAUCUUCUGGAGUGAUGUGACCACACAGAGCAUCUACAAGGCUCCCAUCGAUGAGGGCAACGAAAAGACAGUUGUGCUCAAGCAAUCAUCUGUGACUUCAGAUGGUCUGGCUGUGGAUUGGAUCUACAAUCAUGUGUACUACACGGAUACACAGAAGUGCACCAUUGAGCUGACCAACUUUGAUGGCAAUAUGGGCACAGUGUUGAUCAAGGAUUCGCUAGAUAUUCCACGCUCCAUUGCUCUGGAUCCCAUUGAUGGCUGGAUGUAUUGGUCCGACUGGGGAGCAUCGCCUAGGAUUGAACGCGCUGGCAUGGAUGGCUCGCAUCGCACCACGAUUAUCAACUAUGAUGUGAAGUGGCCCAAUGGCAUCACUCUCGAUAUGGUGCGAAAGCGCAUCUACUGGGUGGAUGGCAAACUGAAUGUUAUUUCCUCAGCCAACUACGAUGGUUCACAGCGCAGACAGAUUUUGUACUCGACGGAGUAUCUGCGACAUCCGUUCUCCAUCACCACCUUUGAGGAUUACAUCUACUGGACGGACUGGGACAAGCAGACCGUCUUCAAGGCCAACAAGUUCACCGGCGAAGGUGUUGAGCCCAUUACAGCCGUGCACAUGUUGCAGCAUCCCAUGGUUAUUCAUGUCUACCAUCCUUAUCGCCAGCCAGAUGGCGUAAAUCGCUGCGAAUCGGUUAAUGGCCACUGCUCACAUCUCUGCCUGCCCGCGCCGCGUAUCAACGAGAAGAGUCCGCCCAUUUCGUGUGCGUGUCCCACGGGUCUUAAGCUCAUGGCCGAUGGCCUCAUGUGUGUGGAGGAUCCCCUUUAUAGAGUUGUUACCAAACCCCCGCGUGUCCACAGAUAUAAGAGCAAAACGAAACCGAAGCCGCGAAUUCCGCACACUAAUGAUGUGCCUGUCAAAAUUGAAACGCAUCAGGCAAUCAUCAUACGCCCCUUUGUCGCCGACCAUCGACCAGUGAAGAACCAAACACACAACGAUCAGACCAAAGCAAGCAGCCCGCAACCGGACUCGGGCUUCAUAGCGCUCGUCGUGAUUGCCAGUCUCAGUGGCUGUGCAGGUCUCCUCUCGGUGCUUCUAUUUGUGGGCUAUCGCUACUGCAGUAAGCGACGCAUCAAUUCCAUGAACUUUGAGAAUCCCAUUUACCGCAAGACAACCACAGAGGAUCACUUUAGUCUGCGUAAGAAUCUGCCAGCGCGUAUCUAUGAUCACACCAGCGUUAUGGAUGAGGAGUACUCACCUGUCAUAGGCAUAUCGUCGUAUUAGAGCUUUGGGGUUUUAUUUUUUGGCAACUAAGCUAAAUACUGAAUGGCCUGGGCAGAACCAAUGAGUAACCCACAGCAGACACGCCUAAAGACUGAGCAAAUCGUAUGUGUAAAUUAUUUUAAAAACUUAUUUUAAACAGCAGGUCAUUUCGAAGGGAGCGAAGCAAGGGGAGAAUCCUUAAAGGAUUGCUGUACAAAUAUGUCGCAGAGUUCUAACCUAAACACUAAACUAAACGAAACUAAAUUAAUGCUAAACUAAACUAAACUAAAACGUAAACUAAACUCAACUGAACUAAACUGAAUAAAUGAAAUAAUGAAAACUCUAAUGAUAAUUCAAAUAGUUCCAAACUGUAUAUAGCUGUAAGUGUGCAUUACGUAAUUUUAAAGCAAAACAAAUAAUUAUUAUACUUAUUAUGCUCUUGAUAAUUAGAGAAAAGUUGACAAAUUUAUUUCUGUUUAAUGUGCAAAAACGUUUAUUAUUAUUAUUAUUACAUUAUUAUUAAUAAUCUUACAUGCUAUUAUUAAGUGUACAUAUGUUUACGAGCAAAGAUGAUUGAAUAAAUGCAGAUA